CUGAUAGUAGUGGAGGAAGAUUCUUAUUUUCCAUGCAGCCAGCUUGACUUUUUAACUCUAUCUGUGCUUCUGGAGCUGCUCCCUUCCUUAAAGGCAACCUUUGGAACCUGCUGCUUCCCAGAUGCUGGUGUGAGCCCACUGUUUGUAACGUGGAAGAUCGGCCGAGAUAAACGAUUGCGUGGAUGCAUAGGUACUUUUUCCGCCAUGAACCUGCAUUCAGGACUCAGGGAGUACACACUUACUAGUGCCCUUAAAGAUAGUCGUUUCCCCCCAAUGACGAGGGAUGAGCUGCCCCGGCUUUUCUGCUCAGUGUCUCUACUCACUAACUUUGAAGAUGUAUGUGACUACAUGGACUGGGAGGUGGGUGUCCAUGGCAUUAGAAUAGAGUUCAUCAAUGAAAAAGGAUCAAAACGCACGGCCACCUACCUCCCGGAGGUUGCAAAGGAGCAAGGAUGGGACCACAUUCAAACCAUAGAUUCCUUACUGAGGAAAGGAGGCUACAAAGCUCCAAUUACUAAUGAAUUCAGGAAAACAAUAAAGCUAACCAGGUACCGUAGUGAGAAGAUGACGAUGAGCUACACAGAGUACCUUGCCCAUCGUCAGCAUCAUCACUUCCAAAAUGGUAUUGGGCACCCCCUUCCACCAUACAACCAUUAUUCCUGA